AUGGCCAUGCUCCCCGCUUUGUCGCGGUGCUGGCGUCCCGCACUCGGUUCCGGGCUCCCGCGCCUUGCCCUCGCAGCCCAACAACGCGCCUUUGGCAGCGCCGUUCCCCAGAGGCGUCGCAACGUCAGUGCCGCGCAGGUUCUGGUGGCCCAAGUAGAGGCCGCUGUGGCGAGUGGCCGGCACAUCAAUAAGGGCAGUCCCCUGUACGAGAAGAUCGGCGUGGAGGUGGAUCGUUUGCGGUCCGAGAAUGACACCGUCAUUGCCAAGGUCGAUGAACUGGACUCCUCUCGGGCAAAGCUGGUGGCGGACAGCACGGCCUUCGUCGCCGGAGUGCGCGCGGGGGAGGAUGGAAGCCAAAUGGUGGAGACCCUGCAAAAGAUCGAGGAGUUGGAUCGUCAAAUGGCGGAACUGCGGAGUCAGCAGAUCCAGAACUACCUGGACAUUGGUGCGCUCAAGCGGCAGCGAGUGACCAUCCAGAAGAACGAGGAGGUCAUGGAGAUCGUUUCCCAAGUCUAUGAGAUGAUGGAGAAGGACGAGAUGAUUGCCGAGGAUGCAGAAUUGGCGGUGGCCCUGGGCGAGAAGGUCAGCAAGCUGGAGGCGGAGUUUGACUCGUUCUCCCAGAGCAUCGCAACGGCCAAGAAGGAGCUCGAGAAUGUCGUGAGCCGCGUGAAAAGCCUGGAGCUCUCUUUGCGGGCCCGGCGGGACAAGGCGAAUCAUGAGACCGACACUCUUCGGGCCAACUCGAUUUCGGGACUCUACGAGGCCCGGCGCAAGAAUGCGCAGCUCACGCGGUAUCGGAUCCAGCAGGCCUUGAAUGUGAAGCUGGUGUCGGUACUGGAGCGGGCCCGGCAAGCCUUCCGGACACACACUCGCAUCAAGGAGCUCAUAGACUCAGGCAACAAGGCGCAGAUGGAGGUCGUGGUUGGCGAGUUGCUUCGAGAGAUGGAAGUGGCUGUGACAACUGCCGCGGAGUUGGAGGAGGCCAAGGCGCGACACAGCAAGGAGGUUCACGAUGUCACCGCGAAGCUCAGGCAGCACGAGGAGGUGGUCACGCCGGAAACAGGCAAGCUCCGCGAGGAGCUCAUCGCAGCGCUUCGGGAAGAGGAGUUCUGUAUGGCCCGCCUCGCCGUGCUGCGGAAGUCCCAAGCGCAGGACGUGAAGUUCCUUGCGAGCUUGCGCAAAGCCAUCGGAUGA